GGCCCUGGGCGCCGCUGCGGGGUGCAUGGAGGCACCCCCCGUCCGCAGAGAGGUGUGAAUCCCCCGGAGGACAGCGCGCCUGCUCUGCUUGGCCCCACAAGGCGAGCGGCCCCGGGUCGCCCUCGCCGGCCUCGGCCGGGCUGCAGGAGGAACAAGGAGGGGGUUUGGGACCUUAAAAAUAGCAUCGCCCCCAUAACCAGGCAGCUGCUGCCUCCUGAGAAAUGAAGAAGUUUUUUGACUCGCGUCGGGAGCAGGGUGGCUCUGGCCCUGGAUCGGGCACCAGUGGCGGUGGCGGCGGCAGCGGUGGCCCGGGCAGUGGGUACAUCGGCAGGGUGUUCAGCAUCGGCCGGUACCAGGUGACGGUGGACGAGGUGCUGGCGGAAGGUGGAUUUGCGAUAGUGUUUCUUGUGAGGACUAACAAUGGGAUGAAAUGUGCCCUGAAGCGGAUGUACGUCAAUAAUGAGUAUGACUUGCAAGUCUGCAAAAGAGAAAUCCAAAUCAUGCGGGACCUAUCUGGCCACAAGAACAUUGUCGGAUACAUUGAUUCCAGUAUAAACUCAGUAAGCAGCGGCGACGUGUGGGAAGUGCUGAUACUAAUGGACUUCUGUCGAGGAGGUCAAGUGGUGAACCUCAUGAACCAACGCCUGCAGACAGGGUUCACGGAGAAUGAGGUCCUGCAGAUCUUCUGUGACACCUGUGAAGCUGUAGCCAGGUUGCAUCAGUGUAAAACGCCAAUAAUCCACAGGGAUUUGAAGGUUGAAAACAUCCUGCUGCACGAUCGUGGCCACUAUGUCCUGUGUGACUUUGGAAGUGCUACUAACAAAUUCCAGAACCCUCAAACAGAAGGGGUGAAUGCGGUGGAGGAGGAGAUCAAAAAGUACACUACGUUAUCCUAUAGAGCACCAGAAAUGGUCAACCUGUAUAGUGGCAAACUUAUUACUACAAAAGCAGACAUAUGGGCCCUUGGCUGUUUGCUGUACAAGCUGUGUUACUUCACCUUGCCAUUUGGGGAGAGUCAGGUGGCAAUCUGUGAUGGCAAUUUCACCAUUCCAGAUAAUUCUCGGCACUCGCAAGACAUGCACUGCCUCAUCCGGUAUAUGCUUGAGCCAGACCCUGAUAAGAGACCUGAUAUUUAUCAGGUCUCCUACUUUGCAUUCAAAUUGGCAAAGAAGGAAUGCCCGGUCCAGAACGUCCAGAACUCUCCAAUCCCCACUAAACUCCCAGACCCGGUUAAAGCAAGUGAAGCUGCUGCAAAGAAGAGUCAACCAAAGGCCAGGCUGACAGAUCCCAUCCCUACGACAGAAACUUCCAUAGCACCCCGCCAGAGACCUAAAGCAGGGCAGACACAACCCAACCCUGGAAUUUUACCCAUUCAGCCAGCCCUGACGCCUAGGAAGAGACCCACGGCUCAAGCAGCCAUUCAGCCACAAGUUGCAGGACCUGCUGCCCUGGGCAGUGGUCAGCCUUCGCUCCCUGCAAGCGUCCCCCCGCAAAAAGCAGCACCUCAACAGACUCCGGCACAGCCACAAGCCAAGCAGGCACCAGCUCCGCAGCAGGCCUCGCAGGCGCAGCCCCAGGUCCCUUCUACUCAGCCACAAGCCACACCUCAGCAUCAACAGCAGCUUUUCUUGAAGCAGCAGCUUCUACAACAGCAGCAGCAGCAGCAGCAACAGGCUGCCUAUUACCAGCAGCAGCAGAUGAUGCAAGCUCAGCAGUUCCCAGUGAUGCAGCAAGGAGCACCAGCACAGCAACAGCUGAUGCAGAACUAUUACCAGCAGCAGCAACAGCAGCAGCAGAUGAUGGCCCAGCAGGCAGCAAUGCAGCAGAAGACAGCAGUAGCAGCAGUUCAGCAAAAGCAACAAGCCCCAGCGCCACCGCAGCCCCAGGCCCAGCAAAGUGCGGCCCAGCCAGUGCCACCCCAGGAGCAAGUGAUGCAGGCACAAAUGAGGCAACAGCAAAAACCUCAAACCACACCCCCCACAGCCGUGCAAGGGCAGAAGCUGGGCUCUCUCACCCCUCCGUCCUCCCCCAAGACGCAGCGUGCAGGACACAGGAGGAUUCUGAGCGAUGUGACCCAUAGUGCGGUUUUUGGGGUUCCAGCCAGCAAGUCUACCCAGCUCCUGCAGGCGGCUGCUGCUGAAGCCAGUCUCAACAAGUCCAAAUCUGCUUCCACCACACCCUCGGGUUCCCCAAGGACCUCACAGCAGAAUGUCUACAACCCGCCCGAUGUCUCCACGUGGAAUCCGUUUGAUGAUGAUAACUUCUCCAAACUCACAGCUGAGGAGCUGCUGAACAAGGACUUUGCAAAGCUAGGUGACGGGAAAGCUCCAGAAAAGAUGGGCAGUUCCACUGAGAACUUGAUUCCAGGUUUCCAGCCGGCUUCAUCUGCGGCCCAACCAGAUGCAUUUGGUGGCUCUUCCUUCACUGCUGGAUCAGCUGAAAAAACGAAAGACAUUCUGAGUUUGGACUCUAGCCCUCCUCUUCUGACUGUGCCUGAUCCUUUCAUUCCUCUCCCAUUAUCCGACACGCCAGAAAAACUGAUUGAGGGACUCAAAUCUCCUGAGACUGCGCUUCUGCUCCCUGAUAUCCUGCCUCUCGCUGACCCCUUCGGUAGCACGUCAGAUGCUGUGAAUGGAAAACCUGACGUAGCUGUUGAGAGUCUCAUACCGGGCCUCGAGGCUCCAUUGCCCCAACGCCUUGUGUCACAGACUGAGUCGGUUGCCUCCAACAGAACAGACUCUCUCACUGGGGAAGACUCUCUGCUUGACUGUUCUCUGCUUUCUAACCCCGCUGCUGACCUCUUGGAUGAGUUUGCUCCCGUAGCUUUCGCAGCUCAACCUCACAAAGAAGAUACUAACCUGAUAUCAGGCUUUGAUGCUCCUGAGGGCUCUGAAAAAGUGACAGAAGAUGAGUUUGACCCAAUUCCAGUGUUGAUAUCCAAAAAUUCACAAGGUAUGCAGAGGGAUCCGGCCCUAUUCCCAGUUGUAGCUCUUGAACUCCGUAAAGGACCUUCUGGCAGUGAUGGACUUGCUUUGUACAAGGGCCAGUCUGAGAUACUGGAGGUGAAAACGCAGCACAACUCAGAAUCAGACUACUUAACAAGAGAUGGUCCUUCAAGCAACAGCUCCUUCUACAGCAGCGAAGGAGAGGGGACAGACCACGAAGGAGACAUUUUGGAUUGCAGCGGGUCCAGGCCUUUACUGAUGGAUUCGGAAGAGGAGGAGGAAACCUGCAAGUUGUGCGCAGGAUUCCUGCAGUCUGCGCCCAGGGAAAGACAUGAGGCCUCCAAAGAAGAUCCCCACUCCCGGUCUUCCCAGACUAGAGCAGGGGAGACACUGUUCCCUGCCUUCCAGUCGCACACCGGGGAGGUUUUUAACGAACCAGAUGUUUUUGCCACGGCUCCUUUCCGAAGCUCGAGAAAAGUGCCUGAUGAGGUGGACGUCUUUACCAAAGCUCCUUUUAUCUCCAAGGGCAACGUGGCUCUUAGACAUCCAGAAGAAGCCGAUGUAUUUCUGAGAGCCCCUUUCACUAAAAAGAAAAGCAUGGAAGAGUUGACUUCCCAUAGUAUGUCUAAGGAACCGUUCGCACCACCCGUUUUCCUAAGUCAAGGAGGUGAUGUCCAACACAGAGCUAACCCAAUGUUCCCAAGCCUGGAUUCAGCAAUGCGUGGGUCCGCGGCCUCGGCGAGAUCUCCAUAUCCCUCUGCUGGGUUUACUCAGCCAAGCAAUCUUCAUCCCUCUUCCGUAAGAGCCGUGGAGACCCAGGAAAACAUCCCUUCUAAAGGCGUGCUGCAAGAGCAGGGUGGCAUGCCCAGCGAGAGAAACCAAGGAGGACACGCGCUGCCCCAGGAAGCCGUGCUGGGCUCCGUGGUUAACAAGCCUUUCCGUCCGCAAUCCUUGUCAAAAUAUUCCCGUCACUACAGUCCAGAAGAUGGGCAGGGUCUCGAAGUCAAGCCCAUAGCUGCUUACAAAGUGGUUUCUCAGACCAACAGACAGGCGAUAGCAGGAUCUGUCUUUGUUGCCCCUCUGUCUUCCAGGACUACAGAGCUGCCCGGCGGGGAUCCGUUUGCUUCAGCACCGUUUCCUUCCAAAGCGGGAAAGCAAAAGCCUUAAUCUGCUGUGAGCUGGGAGGUGUGCUUCCCGUAGAACCACCUCUCACAGGACCUUGAACCUCUUAGUUGAAAUGAAUGACAUAGCAAUAUAUAUAUAUAAAAAAAAAUAAUAAUUAUUUUUUGGUCAGAACUCUAUUUGCAGUGAUAUUUAGUUGAACCAUUUUAAGUUAUGUUAGUUAGUCUGAAUGCCUGGCUCUCAGGAUCUUCAUAUCCUUUUCAGUUGCUUCUUACCUUCCUCCUCUCGCUGUCUUUCCCCCCAUUUAUUUUCUAGAUGCUUUUCCAAACCAGUAAUACUCUGUAUUUUCUGGUCCUGGCUGGGGAAAUGCAUUAUGAGAUGAAUGAAAAGGUUUAUUAAUUACAGAGCAAGUCAAGCGGGACUUGCUAGUGCUCUGGAAAGGAAGGGAUUUCACAGGUUAAAGGGUUAUUGUGACUUCUUUCCUGUCAGUGGGGACUUGUGGAAGGGAGCAAGGUUGUCUAUUCCUGCUGCUUGGCAGUGAUGGCAAACCUGGCAGCCGUGGCUCCAGAGUGGUUCCGUCGCGUGUGUUCGUAGGUUAUGUGCGCACCGAGUGAAAGCCGUGCAGGCACUGUCUGGUGCCAGGUUUGUGCAGCGCUGAUGUGAGCAGAGCCGUGGUAUCGCGCGUGCAGCAUUUCUUUGCUCGCUGUGGCGUGUAACAUGUGGAAGUGCUUCUGCCCGGGUCCUGUGCCAGAGCCCGGAGGAGUCGGUGGAAGGACUCACAGUGCCUUCAGUUGCUUGUCUUGCAAACUCUCAGAUGCGUGAACUUCAGCAAAGCAAUCUGUCAGGCUGUUACUGUUGCCGUUGUUUGGAAAAUGGAAUGAUCAGGCAAAGCUUUCAGUUUUACAUGUGUAUUUCCUGUCUGGUUUAUGCCAAAGUGUAGGACCCAGAAAUUUGCUUAUGGUGUUGUGAAGGAGAGAGCCGUGCAUUUUCACAGUAUUAAAAAUACGCCUUACGGUAAAAUUUAUUAUGCAAACAACUCGAUAGAUGUCCUGAUCUACAUACCUCAUUUGGUGUAAUUCAGCAUUCGCUGCAAUCUAGUUAGAGCGAUUUAUACUAGCAGAGAACUUGACUCUAUAUUUGUAAAUUCUGCCUUUUGUUUUCCUGCUGAUUAAGGAUGAACCUAAACAAAAUCCAUUCACACUCCUUUGGUAACGUUUGCUCUACUUCUGAAAUAUUGCGCUUUCUACCGUAUUCCCAAAGAGAAAGACAACUUCUUAUUGCUUGUUCAGUCAUUGAUGUAGUGAAUCCUAAUACAGUGUUUGGAGGAAAAGUCACCCGGGUUGGCAGCUGGGCAGAAACAAAGCAGACUUUGCUCCCCUCUCUUUUCACUAAUAUAAGACAGAGGUAAGAGUGAAACCUCCCAUCUUUAUUUUGCAAAAUGCCUGAUUGCAUAAGUUGUCUUGGAUCUGCUAUUUCUGGCCCGCAAAGGCUACUUGAAAGCCAGUCCACACUUAGAAAAUAUCCAGUUAUAGGGACUCUUUGGGCUCCCAGUCGCUGAUGCAUCUUUGUGGUGCAGUAAUCCUUCCUCCUAACAGGUGUUGGUGCUGCAGAAUGUCCCUCAAGAAAAAAUUUUGGUGGUUUCAUUUUUCAGGACUUGACAUCUAUGGAAAAAAUCCCCAUUGACUCCAGUAGUAUCUGGCCAAGUCUCUUAAAAGCCUUGCGGUGGCUGUUUCCCAAGGGAGUUUGUUCAUUAUCACGUGAGCUGGAGCCUUGUGCUGAGGGUAAAGGACAUAUUUUGCGUUUGGGGGUCUCCCGUGAGUGGCUUUAAUGUCUUUGGGGGUUUGCAGGGGAAUUGUUGGAGCAAUGGGUAGGUUGCUGAGAUCAGAACCGGUCGUAUGUAGAGCAGGUUCCUGCCCUGCCCACUUUCUGAUGUGUUUGUACUCGGGGAGAAAGUACUGCAAGUACUGCCACUCUAAGAGAGGGAAGGAUCAGCCGUAGCUCCUCCUAACUCGCUGGAGUCACACCCGGGAGAGCUUCUGCAGCUGAAAAUAGACUUCAGUCUAGUUUUGUGGGGAAAAAAAACCUGACGCCACCUCCGGUAUAUAGCUUUGUCCGCUGUCCAAAUAAUAAGCAUUAAAGGAAUGCAACAGGCAUAUUAAAGAUGCACAUGAAGGCUGCUUAAACAAAGCAGAACAUUGCACAGUCUGGGGCUGACUCGCUGCUGACUUUUAAGCCCAGCAGCGUAAGGGGAGGAUGGAUGGAAAAACCCUGAAUGCCGGGAGCUGACUAGCGAAGCAUCUGCAAGUAGGAGUUACCGACUGCUCCAUGUUUCCUUUCCCCUCCCUGAAUUCAGUUCCCCUUCCAAAAUAUCUCCAGUUGCAAGAGAUGAGCCAAAUGUUCUGCUGGAUGUGCUCGGCGUGGGGAUUGCCUGGAAGGGAGAGGGAGAAGCUUGGACUGAGGUCUUACAGCCCUGGGGUGGGGAGGGAGGAUACUUGAAAGCAAUGAGGCUAUGUUGGCUUGCGCAGCCCAGUUGCUGGCAAAUAGUGACUUGCCGAGCCCAGGUCAGGUCGUGUUGUGGGGAGCUGGGAACCUUCUGCCCUGCUCUGCUACGCUCGGAGUUAAGUAAUAUUGGUGCAUACUGGUGGUUUAGGGUUUUUUCUGUCCACCUCUUGAAAACAGAAGUACUGUAAAGAAAUUUCUGGGUUUCCCUAGAGAUGUUUCUUCAGCAAAGCUGAGGCUGUUGUUUAUUGUGUUUUGUUGUCGUUGAAUUUUCUGUUUAAGUAUAUACCUGAAAGGCGGUUGUUGUUUUUGUUUUAAAUAUAUACCCCCCCAAGUCGGUUGUUGCUGGAUUGGAUCAGUGAGAGAUGCCAAGAAUGCCUGCGAUAGCAAACUGUGAAUUCAAGGGAUACCAAGGAGGCUGAGCGCGAGGGCCCAGAUUUGUUUCAGCACGCAACCUGUAUCAUGGCUGUGCGUGCAGCCAGGAGGCUGAAUUUGGCCUCGAGCUGUUAAAUUCGCUCGGGAAGCUGCUGGAAGGGAGCUCAGGCCUUGGCGGUGCAGGGAUGAAUCUGCGGAACAGGGAGCUGCUUCGCUGGAGGAAGCAGGUACCACGUAUAAAUAAGAUGUGGGUUCAAGGUAUUACCUCUGCUAACUGGAUUCAGGUUCUCCUUCCUUUCCUUCAUUUUUACUUGAAAAAUUGCUUUUGGAUAAUUCUGUGAAACUUCUUGCAAUGCCACGUCCAGGUCUCGCUUAGCUAAUGCUGGAGAAGCAUUAGCCCGUUCCCCUUCACGCUCGGACCGGAGCCCCUUGCCUCUCGUGUGUGCGUUCGUGUCGGCGAGGCGGAGGUGAGCUGCUUGUAGUUCAGAGCUUGCUAUCCUGCACUGCCAGCCAAGGGAGGGAGGGAGAAUGCAGCGAGGUGUGCGGGCUUGUUUACAGCCCUGAUUCAGGUCGGGUCAGACUGAAUUGCCAGCUAGCAUUUUGGCAGCUUUUAUGUUCUUCAAGCACUUUACACAAAGAGCAAGCUAACCAUGCCCCAGAAGCUAACGAUCCUGCCAGCAUACAUCCAGUGCUUAAAUGGUUUUAAAUCUCUUUUGGAGGGUGGAGGCAGCUUGUUUGUAUCUCUGCAUGUGAGCUAUAAAGUAAUGGGACUUUUGGUUACGGUCAGAAAACUGAAUUUCAAUGCCAGUUAGUCUGAUACCCUUCUCACUUCUAGCCUGUAUUCCUCCUAAUCCUGCACUGCCAAUACUGCAGCUUCAGCGUGAUGAAUUGUAAGUGGAAAUUUCAUUUCCAUAGUCUCUGAAAGCUUACUGGUUUUAAUGAAUGUGGAAGAAUAAUGCUAAUUGUUUUCUUUGCCACACAACCGGUGAUCUUAAUGAAAUAAGACCAGUAUGGCCUCAAUGCAGUGUUUUGAAGUCAGUUUUCUGAACAAAAACACUGGUUUCAUCUGUUUUUUAAAGCAGUAGUAAAUUCUGUUAACUGCCCUGGGUGCCUCAUGCACGGCCAGAGGGCCGCGGUUAUCACUGCAGUCCUGCGACAAUCUUAGCUUCGUGCUGGGAAAGGGACUGGUUCUUACCCAUUGCCAACUUCAGCUUGAAUGCACUUAAAGUCUCUCUUCAAAGCGAUUAAUCAGAGUUUCUGCAUGGGGAAAAGAAAGAAAGAAAAAAAAAAAAGGUGGUUGGCUUGGCUCUCCGCGCCUCGCUGCCAUGACGUUUGUACAGCGCAUAUAACGGGACCAGCCGCCGUGGUGUUAACUUGCACUUUCCACAGCCUGCUGCAGUAUUUUCGGGACUUUCCCCGUAUCUCCUCUCCCUUCCAUCCAGCUCAGUACUAGUCAUACAUGGUGUUAAGUUUACAGUCUUAGUCUCUUGAAGCCAGCGCACACUCAAUCUGUAAUGCACACUAUGCAUGGAGCACAUAGGUGAUAUUAAGCUCGUAACAGCAAACCCACGUAAGCAAUCAUGACCCACAGCGCCUGAAGCAUGUCUUCAGUGGGACUUAACGCAAGCCUGAGCAAGAUCUGUUUAAUUGCUGAACUCUCAAUCACUCCAAAGUGGUAAUCGGUUACUUUAACUCAGCUUCCACCAAAGACUCUUGUGUUGGGGAGUUGAAUUUUUGUGGUGUUUUUGGUUUUUUUUUUUUUUUCCUCGUGGGGUUAAAUCAAGGCCUUUCAGUACACCAAAAGACUCCAAAGCAUUUUUACAGUAGUAUCUUGACGGUGAAAUCUUGUUCCAGUUCUGAAACACAUUCCUGAAACCUGAUCAGCUGUGUUAAUGUUUCUAAAAAUAAGCCACGGCCUGUAGUUUCCAUUGUAGGUAGGGUAAAUACCGUCACACACACCUAGAAAUACUCCCCUGUGAAGUUAGAGGGAUAAUGAUGAUCCACUGUUCCCCGAUCCCUCACCUCCAAAGGGAGAAAUAAUUGCUCGCAAGGGAGGGGAGGGCAGGGUGCUUGCUCCAAUGUAGGAUGCAGCUGGUAGAGCAUCGCUACGCGCCGAGUCCGGCAGUAAAAGAAACUCUCUUGUUUCCACGUGGAGCGGGAAGCCGGAGCUGGAAGCGUCCGUGGUCUCCGCUAACUGUGACAAACAAUCUGUGACUCGUGUUUUAAGAGCAGUGUUUCGUUUGCACCGUGCUGUUAUUAAGAUAAUUCUUAGCGGUCUUGGAAGUACCUCUGACUUGCAGAUUUGAUGGAGUCAAGUUUUGCACUCCGGGUGUGAUCAUCUGUGUUUCUGGUAAUCAUUAUGAAGAAAUGUUCGAGUUGUAAACUUAUGUACAUUUUAUUAAAACUGUAUCUGAUUACAAU